CACUUCUCUACCGAUGGAGCUGUACUACUUCCCGCCCAGCCCCCCGUGCCGCGCCGUCAUGCUGCUGGCGCGGGCCAUCGACGCCAAGCUGGAGCUGCGCCACGUCGACCUCAUGGCCGGCGAGCACCUCGCCGUCGACUUCCUCAAUCCGCAACAUACCAUCCCAACAUUCGUAGAAGGAGAUUUGAUUUUGUGUGAAAGCCGCGCCAUCCUGGGCUACCUGGUGGACCGCCAUGCCGAGGACGACUCCCUGUACCCUCAGGAGCCGAAACGGCGCGCCCGCGUCAACGCCAGGCUCUACUUCGACGCCGGCACCCUGCACCAGCGCCUCUACGACUACAUGGUGCCCGUGGUGUUCCGCGGUCAGAAGCCCAGCGAGGAGCAGUGGAAGAAAGUAGAGGAGGCGUUCGGCUUCCUGGACAAGUUCCUCGAGGACGAUGAAUGGGUGGCCGGCGACAGCAUCACCAUCGCAGACUACUCCAUCGUCGUCACAACAUCCAACGGCGAGGCUUUUGGAUUGGAUCUGGGGAAGUUCCCGCACGUCUCACGCUGGUACAACAAGGCCAAAGAAUCAAUGCAAGACUACGAAGAGUUGAACCAGGCGGGAGCCAACCAGCUAGGAGACAUCUUCCGGGCUCGAGUUGCUGAAGCAGAAAACAGCGUUUAGAUACAUUACUCACCACCGCAGUCGAUCGUUACGAUAUUUCGCCUUUUGUAAUCUUCGGGUUUAAUUCUUCAACAGUUUCGUGUACGCUCAGAACAAUCUCAAGAUUUUGUCGUGAAAACUAAGUAGUAACAGUCAAAACUCAACAACUUCAUAACUGUUAUUUAAGUUAUUAAAAGCGAGCAUUAAAUUUCACUUUAAUGAUUCACUGAUGCUUUCAAACAUAAGAAAGUUCUCAAAAUUGAGAUAUUAUUAUUAUUAUUAUUAUUAUUAUUAUUAUUAUUAGCUCGUCCACAAUCGUCAAGAAUUCUUGCAAUUACUUUCAAACACUUUGUUUUAUUUCCCUAUGUAAAUGCCAGCUAAGUUUGGUUAUUAAUUUACCCUGCAGACGGCAAAACUCAAUUCGACGAAAAACAGGCCAGUAGCUUCUGAAGCGCAAAACACGAAACUAAAAGAGUAAUUAAUUGAUAUUGAAUAUUGAAUUACUGAAAACUCUAUCCAAACCUUACAAUCUUGGAAGGGAAAGGUCGAUGCGUUUGGUUGACAUCACUAGUCGAAGCUUUAAUUAACGCGCAAAAUUAUAAUGCGUAAUUUCGCACUCAUUAUCCGUGCCUUAAACGUAAUUUAUUUAUUUUUUUAAAUCACGACACACCACAAUGACACUUCCCUUGGGAGAAAUUCAUGUUCCAUGCAUUUUACUGUAAUAAAAUAUUUAAUAAAUAAUGGUAAAAUGAUAUACAAACUUCUCACAUAUAUCCAUUAUGACGCCCUGAAGUUUCAUUUUUCAAAUAAACAAAAUUUACUUUCAGUAUCUGUGAUCUGCUCCAUUUUUAAAUACCGUCGAAAGUACUGUAACUGCGAUAUGUAAGCAAAUUCUACUGUACUUCAGGAAAAUCAGAGAAAUAUUGAAGUUUCUUCACAAGUUAUGUUUUAUUCAUGGAAUUUAUUAAAGCAUUCUCUGUAUUAAAACUCUCACUCAUUAAAAUAAUAUCCUACAAGAACCAAGGUUCGGGCACUGAUCCCAUAUCACUGCAUAAAUGACAUGAAAGUAUCCUAUUUUGAGGUUUUCGAUUUUCCAUCUAGUGCAUAUUUGUAGUACUUCUCUGUAUUAACUUUUCUACAGCUCUUCCAUUUGUGCGAUGAAGUCCCAUAGUUCACGUAAUGAUUGGUUACGGCUCAAUGCUUGAUUUGUAAAGUACCUUGUGAUUGGUAUCACUAUUAUUAUACAACGAGGUGCGGCAAUCUAUUAAGAAAAUUAUACAAUGAAAAACAAUUAUAGAAAUUUGCUUCUUGUAAAUUAGAAUCCUUCAAAAGAAGAAAAUGGACACAACUUCUUUGAAGCAAAUCUGAACUUCAAGAAGUUACCAAUAAUAUGAAUUUAAGAAAU